UGAUCAGAGAGACGCGCAAAGAGAUGGACUAACUGCACAAGCUCCCCCAUAGCAUCCACUCUCAGGAGUCACCAAGCCACCACUUGCCGGAGUGCUGCUUUCAGGAUCAGACUGGCUGUGGACAAGUCUCUGGGGAUAGAGUAACUGCUGUGUGAUUCGAGGUUUGUAUUAGACGCUAGAGAGAAACAAGAUAAGGAGAAGAACACAGCGAAACCUUGGGGAACGUGGAGAACGUCUUGCUUCACACAUAGAAACCAUGAUAAUGCUAACAAAACGUUAACGGAAUCUUAACGGAACACUCAGCGAGGUCAUGUAGCUGCACUCGGAACGCCCUGCAUGUGACCACUCUUCCUGCAUCGCCUCGGCUUCUCUGAUUGGCUGGUUUCGAGAGUGACGGACCAAUGGAGAAGAGUGCUGAGGAGCUGAACCUCUCGUUCCUGCUGGAGCAUGAGAGAGAGAUGAUCCUCAGUGUCUUGCAGAAGGACGAGAAACUGAGGAAGAGAGAGGAGAAGAGGAUACGGAAGCUGAAGAAUGAGCUGGUGGAGAUCAGGCGUAAGGGUUCACGCUGCCCCCAGGAGGUUGGGGAGCGUCAAUGUGCCCGCUGCCUGAAGGGCCUGGGCCUGAUCUUCGACCGUGGGGAGCUCUGUGAGGAGUGCCUACAGCGUGUCUGCAGCGACUGCCGCAUAAUGCCCCCUAAAGGAAAGCAGUGGAAGUGCUCCAUCUGCUCCAAAGUCUCAGAGCUGAAGGUAGUGACCGGGGAGUGGUUCCUGGAGGAACGGUCCAAGCGGUUUGACCAGGGUGCGGUGCUCAGCAGUGACGUUGUUAAACAGUCUAUCAUGAGCAGCCCUGCUGGAAGCCCCCAGAGGAAGUCUCCUGCGCCAGGCGAUACAAUCCACACACCUGAGAGGCCAGACACGUCCAAAUCAGGAAGAAGCGCCGUAAGGAACCUGGUGGAUGGUGCCAAGAGGAAAGGGAAAGGGAUGCGGAUGGAAAAGAGGGUCAGCCGUCCCAGCCUGAAGCCAGAAAACGAGGCGGACGGUGGUAAUGUGUCCCCUCCGGUUCCCGACACAGACCCAUGCAGCGUACGCAGCGCCCGGUCUGCACCACGCUCCACAACCCGCUCCACACCUCACUCACACAGGGGCAGUGCUGUGACUCUGGAGACCUUAGGGUUCCCUACUGUACCCAACAACCUGCGCUCCCAAACCCUGGAGAGGGACAGGUCCCCUACACCCAGCAGCAAGACCAGGAGGGUCAGGCCGGACGGAGCAGAGAGCGUGGCUAGUUUCCACUCCAGCGACAGCGUGUUUGACAAGAUGGCCGAAACCGUCACCAGGCAUGGCAGGAUGGAGCCUGGCACCGCCACCCCCACCAUCGCUGUCUCCAGGGCUUCCGUGUCUUCAGAUCGUAGUCGUUCUGAGGUGGACCUGUCUGUUCCUGGUUCUGCCAGUGAUGAGGCCCUCAGUCUGAGGAGCCACUCUGUCCCUGGGCUCAAUGAACCGGAGUUAAAUAAUGCUGAGAAAGACGAGGACAUGGAUGCUCUGAUGUCGGCACACAGCAAGGCCACCAGCCGACGCGUGAGCAACGCUAUGUCCACGUCUUCUACUCCUGGCUCAGAGAGGAAAUGGGGCUACCUCAGUCUCCCUGGCGACUCGGACGCAGAAACUAGCAGUCUGAACAGUAUGAUGAGUAUGUACAGUGAGACCGGUGACUAUGGCAACGCCAAUGUGAGUGGGGAGCUGCUGUUGAACAUCAGCUACAGCUAUAAGACAGGCGCUCUCAAUGUCCUGGUGAAGGAGUGUCGCAACCUGGCCACCGGGGAUGAGAGGAAGCAACGCACAGACGCCUAUGUGAAGGCUUACCUUCUCCCAGACAAGUCUCGCCAGAGCAAGAGGAAGACCAGCAUCAAGACCAACACAAUCAACCCUGUGUUCAAUGAGAACCUUAGGUAUGUGAUCAGCCACUCCCAGUUGGAGACGCGGACAUUGCAGCUGUCUGUGUGGCACCACGACCGCUUCGGUCACAACAGCUUCCUUGGGGAGGUGGAUCUGACCUUUGACUCCUGGGAGUUUGACACUAACAUGGAGGAGUGGUACUCUCUGCAACCCAAGCUGGACAGUAGAAUGGACUCCACGCUCCAGUAUAAAGGGGAGCUAACCGUCGUUCUUAAGUACAUCCCUGCAGAGAAGAACCUCAUGCUACCCCUGGACCAGGUCCAAGUGAAGAAAGGCUUUCUGAAAGGAAAGAAGACCAGCAUCAAGCUGCCCAAGGGAGGAAUGGUGGAGCUGCUGGUCAAGGAGGCCAAGAACCUGACCGCUGUCAAGUCUGGAGGCACAUCGGACCCCUUUGUGAAAGGGUACCUGCUCCCUGACAACAGUAAGUCCACCAAGCACAAGACGGCGGUGUUGCGUCGCACGGUCAACCCCCAGUGGAACCACACCUUUACCUAUUGUGGCCUGCAGGCCGGAGACCUGAACAACGUGUGUCUGGAGCUCACCGUCUGGGACAAGGAGGCUCUGGCCAGCAACGUCUUCCUGGGGGGAGUCCGACUCAACGGAGGGACAGACCAGAGCUAUGGGAACCAGGUGGACUGGAUGGACUCAUAUGGAGAGGAACAGCGGCUAUGGCAACGCAUGAUUGACAACCCAGAGGUCCCCCAGGAGUGUACACUGAUGCUGAGGUCCAGCAUGUGCAAGCACAACCCAUGACAUGGCAGGAGGGAGAAAAAGGAGAGAGGCAGUUGGAAAGACAGAGGGGAAACAGAGAAAAGUAUCAGAGAGGGGAGAAAAAGUAGAAGUUAAGAAAGAGGGAAAUAAAAUGAACAAAAGAAAGAGAGGGGCAGAGGUUGAGAGUGCUCCAUGGCCUUGCUCUAUCCCUGCAAUAAAGAGCUGAUGACAUCACCCCACUUCCUGAACUUUGAACCCUAACCACUGAGCCACCCUGAUCCUGCACUGGGGUUCGUGGCCCUCUACCUGGUUAAGUGGACAACCAGUCAUGCCUUACACACACACACCCUGCCCUCCAAAGCAUCCAGCCAAGACCAAGCACUGCUACAACAACAACUACUAAUACCGCUGUACAUUAUGACAUAUAUGUAACAUAAUGAACAAGCAUGUGCCAUUGUAUGAUCUGAUCUGACUCCCGGUUUCCACUAUGCACAUACAUUAUGGGUGUGUGGGGGAACCUGUCCUUGUCGUGUUUAUUUACAACACUCUCCUCUCCCUGUGAUGAGACCACGAGUUAGAAGUUGUCCUUAUUCCCAGAUCUAGGAUCAGAUUGUCUUGACCUGCUCCUAACUAUAACCAUUAGUGGGAAGUUAACAUAUCUGACCCUGUAUCAGUGGUUCAGGAUAGCCUCUACCUACUCUCAUAAGGUAACUACUCCAAAGGCACUUUGGGUUUGUUGCAUUGCUGAGGAGAUUUAAACAUUCCAAUAGAAUACUGUAAAAUGACAAUUAGGGUAUGUUCAAGACUGCGAUGUUUCAUGCAAUAAUUGUAUUAGGCAACAUUCUGAACUGAUAAUCACCCGUUUCAAAUGGUUGCACAACUGCAUUGUAACUGAUCCUGAACACACCAAUAGUUUUACUGUUGUCUUGAUAAAGCACAUUUUAAGAGUAGAACAGCACAAACAAUACUCACUUCAUCAACAGACGUCUAUGGACCUAACUUUGUGUGGAAACAGAUUAAGGCGGAAAUCUAACCAGAGUCCACCCUCUGUCUGUGACUCAUUGAAUAAAGCACAUCCGUCAGAGUGUCUGUCCCUGUAACUCAGGCCACUGUGACCCCUCGGUCCUUGUAACCUCCCUGGAUGAGUAAUAACACUUCUAGUAUCCCCCCAUAAAGGGUUCCGGUGUCUUGGCAUGCGUCCCAAAUGGGAGCCUUUUCCCUUUAAAGUGCACUUGUAGAGCACUAUAAAGGGAAUGGGCCAGUAAUCAAAGGUCGCUGGUUCGAAUCGCCGAGGCGCCGAGGUGAAACAUCUGCCAAUGUCCCCUUGAGCAAGGCACUUAACCCUAAUUGCUCCUGUAAGUAAUUCUGGAUAAGAGCGUCUGCUAAAUGGAAAUAAAUGGAAAUGGAAUAGGGUACCAUUUGAUCGCAGACUAUGUUUCUGUAUAGUCAUAUCCUACUGUGGUUUCAUUCUUUCUGUGGAAUGACACGUCUGCACAUUCGCCAUUGUCUAAGUUUCUGUUAUGCUCAACAACCAUUGAAAAGUGCAUAAUAAUAAUGAUACUAUUAAAAUGGCAUUUACUGUAUAGAUGAGUUGUGCGCAAUACCCUGCUGCUACUGAAGAAACACUAGAUGUGUCUAACAGCAUGUUACGGUCUCUGUUUUAAUGUCCUCUCAUUUCAAAACUAGAUUGAUUUGACUUUGGAAUGUGACUGAAUCCAUCUCUUAUUUUGAUUGCAAUGUGUUAUCAGAAUAUUUUGAAGUAAUAAACCACACAUAUCAGACCACA